UCUAGAGUGUUCUUUGUUUAAUCGGAACCCUCCAGAAGCACCUUCACUCUUUUUCUUUUCCUCGCCUCCGCCCCAAAUCAAACUCCCAUAUCUUUUCUCUCCCUCCUUGACAACCAUCAGUUCAUCUCUCUAAAUUUUCUCUGUAACAACAAUGGCGAAGUACGGCGAAGGAGACAAGCGGUGGAUAGUCCAAGACCGACCCGACGGCACAAACGUCCACAAUUGGCACUGGGCAGAAACAGAUUGCCUCGGAUGGUCUAAAGACAAACUCUCAGAUUCUCUCUCUUCCCUCACCGUCCUGUCGGGGGAAGGAAACCUCUUCCUCAAAAUCAACAAACUCGACAAGCUCGAAGGAGAAGCGUAUGUCAAUAUCCGAAAGGGAAAGAUCAUUCCCGGAUACGAGCUUUCAAUGACGCUCUCUUGGGAGGGGGAAGUGAAGGAUGAAUCUGGAAAUUCAAUUUUGAAAUCGAAUGGUAAAGUUGAGAUCCCGUAUUUGUCGGAUGAGAAUGCGGAUGAGGACCCGGAAGUUAGGGUUUCGUUCGAGGACGAGGGUCCGGUCGGGAAGAGGAUCAAAGAUGCGUUUAUGGCAAAGGGUAAGGCGGUGGUGUUGGAGAAGGUGAGGGAGUAUGUUGAGAGUAUGGCGAGAGGUGGGCCGUGUAAGGAAGAACUUGAGGUUAAGAAGGUUGGCACUAAGGCGGCAGCUGAGGGUUCCGGCGGGGAAAAUAAGACAGUGGGUUCGGCAGCUGUGGAGGUGAAGAAGGAGGUGAAGAAGAGUGAGGAGAAGAAGGGGUAUAAGACGAUAAAAUUGAGUGAGAGGUUUAGGUGUAGGGCGGGGGAUUUGUAUGAGAUAAUGAUGGAUGAUAAUAGGUGGAAGGGUUUUACACAAAGUAAUGCUAAGAUUAGUAGGGAGGUGGGAGGAGACUUUAGUAUUUUUGACGGGUCCGUCACCGGGACUAAUGUGGAGUUGCAGGAAGGGAAGCUGAUUUUACAGAAAUGGAGGUUUGGGAAUUGGCCUGAUGGUGUUUUCUCUACGGUCAAACUGAUAUUCGAGGAGCCGGAAUCAGGCGUCACUGUCGUUAAAUUGGUUCAGACUGAUGUUCCUGAAGAAGACAGAUAUGGGAAUGGAACUGUUGUGGAGAACACAGAAAGAGGCUGGCGAGAUCUCAUCUUUCAAAGGAUACGAGCAAUCUUUGGCUUUGGACUUUAAGUGCUGAACUGGGAACAUUUAUUUCCUUCUUCGUGAAACACACCAAUUGAUAAUCCUUUUGUUAAGCCAUGAACGAUAUUUGGUGAAGUGGCUGGACUAUUUCUCGGAUAAUCAUGCCAUCCAUUUGUCAUAUUAUUGUAGACCAGUGGUUAUUUUUCAGAAGUUUUGAACUGGUGAAGUUGGUCCUUCUCUUCUGGUCUUUUGGUUUGUUGCAUUGUGUUUCUAGUUUGACAUAAUAGUUAGCCUGCCGCCAAUUAAGUGGUCGACCAUUGAACUGAGGAAGGAUCUGGUUUUUCUUGCUAAA